GGGCCUUCCCCAGCUGAGCUCCAUCUGAAGCGCUAGCGCAGAACGCUUUCCUCAACGGUUAAUAUGAUUGAUCAGCAAAUGAGAAGGCAGAGGACCGGGGACGGCGGCGUAGACCUCCACCUUUAAAUUUAACCUGGGUUUCCUUUUCUCUCUUAAUUGAAUUUAAAAACGAGCUUGAUGUGAGCAAGGGGGGAAACAAAAAAAAAAUCACUUCUUUUCCCUUCUCUCACCCUCACAGUGCACCUAUCCACUACAUCACCUUUAGUUUUUGCUUUUUAAUUUGAAGGUACCUCCUUGGAUACUUGGCUUAAAGCACGGCUUCACCUGGGCACAUCUUUUCUGAAGUCUCACGAAACGGCACCAAGAUUUCUUCUGCAACUUUAACGCACAUCAGGGAAAAAUCCACCGACAGGGAAAACAAAAGUUUUUUUUUUCUCGCACAAAGAAGCGUUAAAGUACACAAUGAGUCUCAAAUCAGAUUCUGAGCCGAACAACAGUGUAUCAUUAGAAGAGGAGGUACGAACACUUUUUGUCAGUGGUCUGCCAGUAGACAUUAAGCCCCGAGAGCUUUACCUGCUGUUCAGGCCGUUCAAGGGAUAUGAAGGCUCCCUCAUAAAAUUAACCUCAAAGCAGCCUGUUGGCUUUGUUACCUUUGAUAGCAGGUCUGGAGCUGAAGCAGCAAAAAAUGCAUUAAAUGGGAUUCGCUUUGACCCAGAGAACCCCCAAACACUGCGCCUGGAGUUUGCCAAGGCCAACACCAAGAUGGCGAAGAGCAAGUUGAUGGCCACACCCAACCCCUCCAGCCUGCACCCUGCUCUCGGUGCACACUUCAUCGCACGGGACCCAUACGACCUGACUGGCGCGGCACUGAUCCCAGCAUCCCCGGAGGCGUGGGCUCCAUACCCCCUCUACGCCACUGAGCUGACCCCAGGUCUGCCCCACACUGCCUUCACAUACCCUGCUGCAGCUGCAGCAGCCGCCGCCCUGCAUGCCCAGAUGCGUUGGUACCCCUCGCCAUCUGACACCUCGCAGCCCGGAUGGAAAUCUCGCCAGUUCUGUUAAGUAUUUAUGUUUAAAUUUGCCUUCUUUCCACAGAUGCCGCUUAGUACCUGAAGGCUUUGCGUUUCUCUUCCCCUCUCUCCAUAUGGCGCAAGGUGUACUGGGCUCAUUUAAUUUAAUCAGGUUUAUUUAACAGAUAAAGUUUAAAGGUCUUUUCUGGAGAAAACUCUUCUCUAAUGGACUUUAGGGACAGGACAAGCGAGAACGGUUAUCUAUAGCUGGAGCCUUACAGGCUAAUGGUACAGUGUCUGCAUUUUCAAAACCACCCAUGUGACGAGCCAAUCACAAGCAAAUUCAAAUAUUCUAGCUGCUCUCUCUUGGUUGUGUGUGUUUUGGGGUGGGGAGGGGAUAAUCAUUAUGCAUGUUGAAGUAUAGUGUAUAUGGCAUGAAAAAACUAGAAUGCAAAGUUUUGUCUUGGGUUCUCUCGCCCUGUUUUAUUGCCAUUGUGACUCAGUUGACCCCUUUAGCUUUGUCUGGAUCCUAGGCCUGCUUCUGUGAAAAGCCUUGCACUCAGCUUGCUUUUUACAUGUCUGAUGCCACUUGAGAGGUCCAAGAGGACAGCCUCCACCUGGCAAGUGUUGUUGGUUUUCCUGUGUGUAGAAUGAAUCCUCAUGCACUGGGUUUUUCCUCUUCUUUCUGACCCAACUGUAAACUCGUCUGUAGUGGGCGAAUGCUUCUGAGACCCUUCUCCAGACCUCCAACGCAUUGCCCUUGAGUGACCCCAUCUGCCAAAAUACCAGUAUCUGUCUUGUUUAGAGUAUAUUUGAACAAAAAAAAA